AUGACUUCAGUGACUGCAUCAGAGACAGUUGAAGCGCUCAGCAGAUCCAUCAGUGUCAACUUAGCAGAAAGUAAACGGCUUGGCGUUCUCCUGCUUUCCAGUUUUCAGUUCUCUGUUCAGAAACUGGAACCUUUCCUAAAGGACAUAGAGGGAUUCAGUCUUGAACGUUUCAGAGCCAAAGUAUCUUCUCUUUCUGAGGAAUUGAAACAGUUUGCAGACAAGCUGGAAAGUGAUGGAACUCUACAAAAAUGCUUUGAAAAACCAAAAGAAAAAGGAACAGAUUUGUCUCUGGAAGCAUCAGUGGUUGAGAUGAACAAAUAUAUAGCAAAAUUUUCUUCAGAGCGUCAUACUUGGGAUCAGCUGUUGCUGCAUUACAAGAAGGAAGCUGAAGAGCUAUCAUCCAGAAAGUCAACUGAAAGCAAAGUUACUGAAGUAGAAGUGGAACCUACAGCAUAUCUUGGGUCUUCUCAGAAUAAAGUUCUGAAUACAAAACCCAACUAUCAGAAAAUAUUACAGAACCAAGGCAAGGUCUUAGAUUGCAUGGAGUUGGUGAUGGAUGAACUGCAAGGAUCAGUGAAGCAGCUGAGUACCUUUAUGGAUGACAGCACCCAGUGUCUUGGGAAGGUGUCAGCACAGCUUGGUAAGAGAAGCGUGCAACAAUUACAUCCCUCACCAGCUCGAAAACUGCUGAAGCUUCAGCUACGAAAUCAUCGUAUCACACAUUGCCCUGGAUCUUGCCAGUGA